CUCCCCCACCCCACCCCCACCCGCAUCCUCCUCCCUCCCUCCCUCCCCCAGCUGCAAUUCACCUCCGAAUUCGGUCGCCCAUGGCGCCGCGGCUGCUCUAAUCCUACCCACCUACCCCUCCCCCCUCCUCUCCUCUACCAGCUGCUCUCCCCUCCCCUCUCGUUUGAAAAUGGCAAUGCUGGUGGAUCCUCCGAAUGGCAUGGGAAACCAAGGGAAGCACUACUACUCAAUGUGGCAAACCUUGUUUGAGAUUGACACCAAGUAUGUGCCUAUCAAGCCCAUCGGCCGAGGAGCUUAUGGAAUAGUUUGCUCAUCCAUAAACCGUGAGACAAACGAGAAAGUAGCGAUAAAGAAGAUACAUAAUGUAUUCGACAACCGUGUGGAUGCACUAAGGACCUUGCGGGAGCUGAAACUCCUCCGGCAUCUCCGCCAUGAGAAUGUUAUUUCUUUGAAGGAUAUAAUGAUGCCUGUACAAAGGAGGAGCUUUAAGGAUGUGUACUUGGUUUAUGAGCUCAUGGAUACUGACCUGCAUCAGAUAAUCAAAUCGCCUCAGGGGCUUUCCAAUGACCACUGCCAAUAUUUUCUUUUUCAGUUGCUUCGAGGACUGAAAUACCUCCAUUCAGCAGAGAUACUCCACAGAGACCUAAAACCUGGGAACCUACUGGUGAAUGCAAACUGUGAUCUGAAGAUAUGUGAUUUUGGUCUUGCACGUACAAACAGUAGUAAAGGCCAGUUUAUGACUGAAUACGUCGUCACCCGCUGGUACAGGGCUCCUGAGUUGCUGCUUUGCUGUGACAACUACGGCACUUCCAUCGAUGUUUGGUCUGUUGGCUGCAUCUUUGCUGAGCUACUUGGCCGCAAGCCUAUUUUUCCUGGGACAGAGUGCCUCAAUCAGCUAAAACUGAUAGUCAAUGUUCUUGGCACCAUGAGCGAGUCUGACCUGGAGUUCAUCGACAACCCAAAGGCUCGCAGAUAUAUCAAGACCCUUCCCUACACUCCCGGUGUUCCACUCGCAAGUAUGUACCCACAUGCACAUCCUCUGGCCAUCGAUCUAUUACAGAAGAUGCUCAUCUUCGAUCCUACUAAAAGGAUCAGUGUUACCCAGGCCCUUGAACACCCUUACAUGUCUCCUCUUUAUGACCCAAGUGCAAACCCUCCCGCGCAAGUGCCCAUCGAUCUUGACAUAGAUGAGAACAUCAGCUCAGAGAUGAUCAGGGAAAUGAUGUGGCAGGAGAUGCUUCACUACCACCCUGAAGCCGCCACGGCAGUAAACAUGUGAUGACGAUCUUGCAGUGCCCUGGGAAGAACCCGGCAGGCUCAUCUCUUUUUUCCUCGAAAAGACUACUGUGAUUAUCGCACCUAUUAAGUAACCAUGACGUGCAGUGUGGGGAGUUAUCUCCGUGUAAAUACGCAGUGCGAUGAGAACCGCAUAUGGAUAGUUCUUGUUAUGGACCACUAUUUGGUGUAUGUAUACUGUUGUGUUGUUGUAUGAGCUCAAGAAAGAACUGUUGAAGCGAAUUCAGUAAGUGUUGGUUUGUGA